CAAAAAGAUAAGUGUUGCUUCCACAGAAAGCGUAGCUUUCAAAUAUGGAUUACGAAAGGAUCCAAAAGCCUCAGAGUGGCGGGGGAUUUUCGCCUGGAAAAUUGAGGAAUAUGCUAAUGGGAGUGGAGAAGAAGAAGAAAGACGAGGAAGAACCUGACUCUACUUUCACUUCGAGAUCUCAUGUUUCUGACAUUGAUGAAUCAGGCGAUAGCAGUUCUGAUCAAUGUAAAGAUGUGGAUGUUGUGAGUGUCCUUCCUGAAUGUUCAACUUUAGCUACAGCUCGUUCUUUCAGCUCAGUCAAAGUUGCAGACCGUGGCAAUGCAGCAGUCACUUCAAGACAUAAAAUCUUAGAAGAACCUUCUUUGGAUUAUGAUAGUGGCCAUGAUUGUAUGAGCAUGUCAUCAUCCAUGUUCGAAUUUCAAAAGGCUGAGCGUGCUCCACAAAGAGUGCCCUUGGGACCAUUUUCCAAACCAGCACCAUCUAAGUGGGAUGAUGCCCAGAAGUGGAUAGCAAGUCCAACUUCAAACAGGCCAAAGACAGGACAGGCCCAGGUCCAGAGUGAAAAAGUAGGAUCACGUAAGGUUGGUAAUCUUGGUUUUGGUCGGCAAUCUUCACUGAAGGUUGUUGUUGAAGUUCCAGAUCAAAGAGUGUUUGCUUCGGAGGAGCCAGACACUAAGCGAAUUGAUACAAAUCAAACAAAGAUGGAAAGUGGGGGCCAAAAGUUUGUGAGUUGGGAAGCUGAGCCUUAUGCAAUUGCAGAUGCUUAUGUUAAUCUCAGCCAGCAUAAUUCAUCUAUGGCCAUCCAGAGUGCAACAGCAUUCAUCCCUCCCCCUUCAACAGCUCGGUCUGUAUCAAUGAGAGAUAUGGGAACAGAAAUGACCCCUAUUGCUAGUCAGGAACCGUCAAGGACUGGUACACCUGUAAGGGCAACAACACCAAUGCGCAGCCCAACUUCUUCUCAGCCUUCUACCCCAGGCAGAGCUCCCCCUGCAUCAACACCAAUUGAUCUACCUAGUGGACAUCUGGAUCUCAACAAGAAUGAACUUUCUGAAAAGGAGCUGCAAAUGAAAACCAGGCGAGAAAUAAUGGUCCUUGGGACACAAUUAGGUAAAAUGAACAUUGCUGCUUGGGCUAGCAAAGAGGAGGAAGAUAAAGAUGCUUCCACUUCACUUAAAACUAAAGCAGCUGAACAACAACCUAAAAGUGUCAUUGAAACACGUGCAGCAGCAUGGGAGGAUGCAGAGAAGGCAAAGUAUAUGGCCAGAUUUAAGCGUGAGGAGAUGAAAAUACAGGCGUGGGAAAAUCACCAGAAGGCAAAAACAGAAGCUGAGAUGAGGAAGAUUGAGGUAGAGGUUGAAAGAAUGCGAAGUGGAGCCCAUGAUAAGCUCAUGAAUAAACUCGCAUCUGUGAGGCACAAGGCUGAGGAGAAAAGAGCAAUGGCAGAAGCCAAAAGAAAUUGCCAAGCUGCAAAAAUUGAGGAGCAAGCAGAGUACAUACGCAAAACCGGCCAUGUCCCGUCAUCAUAUCUCUCAUUUUCUUGCUGCAACUGGUGCUCAUAGAGAAAUGCAGAUUGGGGCUUUGUUCCUUCCCACUUCCCAGCAAUUCAUCAUUUGGUAUGGUACACUGUCUUUUUCUCAAAUGUCUGUUGUGUUUUCUCCUCCUCAGGUCAUACCAGAUCGAUGAGCAAUCACAUGACAGGAUGUGGUCAUACAUGUUCAUUUUGAAAAUCAUCAAAGGGAAAGUUGGGAAGUCUGUGUUAUCUCUCAGAAUUUUAAGGCUUAACUUUGUAAUUAGUGUAUAAACUUUCAAAUGUAAGGAGAUAGUUUUUAAUUUUGAACUAAAAGAAAUGCUCAAGUUUAGCCAAUAUUGAUUAUGAGUUGUUUCCAUGAUUCUACAA